AUGGCCACUCCGACCGCGGUCACCAAGUAUACCGGUCUCGCCAAAAGCGUCCUACUACAUCUUACAAAUAGUCCUCAAACCAUCACAAUUCAAUGCCCAUCCGCGCAAUGGAUUCUUCCUCACGCCCUUCUCGCCCAGCACGCCGACACAUUCAGCAAAGUCCACGACGACAUAUGCCUCUCCGACAUCUUCAGCGCUGACAUUGCCACCGAGAACGCUUUCGAGCUCUUCAUCGAAUUCGUCCUCACUGGUAACUGGCGCGACCGCGGCCUCGCCGUGAACUGGCAGUCUCCCACUCUCGAGCUCGACGAGACCCUUCACGAAGAUCAGCACGACCGCGACUGGAGAGUCAAAGCCUCCAUCUGCGCCGCCAAGCUCGCCGUCGCGCUCAAAGCACGUCGCUUCCACGACCACGCCAUGACGCAGGUGUACAAUUACUUCUACCGCAACCGAAAUCUGCUCCCUCCGGACAUAGCCGACUUCGCUUGCAGCGUUGCUGGCUCGCCGCUACAGUCGUUUGUGUUUGAUCUGGUUGUUGGGCAUUGGGAUAAAGAUUCGGGGAUCGUGGAUAAGGAGGAUGAGGGGUGGGAGGAAUUCUUCGGGAAGUAUGAGGGUCUGAAGGGUAUGCUGGAGAUGGGCCAAAGUAAGAAUGGGUCGCUGAGAGUGAGGUGGUAUAUGCUGGGGGAGCCUGGUGAGAAUGAGUUCUGA